AUGGACUUUUUCAGAUGGAGGAUUGAACGACGAACAAAUGUGUCUCGAGAAAAUAAUGAAUUGCAAUACGACUGUCAGCUUGCACACAAAGCCUCAGUAGAUGUGACUGGUUGUCCUGUGCAUCGUAAUAUUCCAACCAUAUCAUUCACGCAUGCUACAGACGAGAUAACCGCAUUGUUCAGGAUUGUGAAAGGAAAAGGUGGAAGAGUAGGCUGUGCUGUUGAAUUAUGUGAUCAGUUCGCAUACAGCGAAGUUAAAGACUUCUAUGCAGUGGAAUGUGUCUAUGAAGUUGAUCUUUUAUUACACCUAGUUUUGGUCCCGGCAUAG